AGAAAAAUCCCGCCAAAAAGCAUACAGCGAAGAAAGAAAGAAAGCAUAGAGAAAUAAAACAAAAAGGAAAAGGAAAAGGGAAAGGGAAAAAAAAGGAAACUAUGCAAAAGGUCAGCAGUCCGCUUCACAAAAAAGGGUACUUUUUUUCGCUCCCUAAUUUUUUUCCCUCUUCCGUUCCAUUGGUUAUCCGUUUUUCUCUUGCUUUUCACUUGUUCCCUAUUCACUCUUCGUUUUUCUCGCAUUCUCUCGCUUUUCUAUCGCUUAAACCCAAUUUUUUUUGCGGUUAUGGAAAACAGGCAACCAUACAGACGUUCCCAGGGGCUGCAGGAAUCUGUCGCCUCUUUCCAUCUCGUUGCCAUGGUAUGAUGUUCAAUAGGAAAAAUGCAAGGCGCUCUCAUUGGCAUGUCAUGUUCUUUUCCGCUUAUCACUCGUUUUCUGUUUUUUUUAUCUCUGUCGUCGUUGUUGUUCCUUUUUGUUUCUCAACUUUCUAGUUUUUAGGAGUGACUAUUGCUGCUGCGGGUGCUUAUUUAUUCAAUUCAGAUACAAGUCGAACGAUUUCAUGGGGAUUCAUGAUCUUUGGAUGCAUCAUCUUAUUCACAAG